AUGCCUCGUGCCAACGAACCUACCGCCAAGGUCUUCUACAAGGGAGCUGCUGAGGACUUCAUCGUCUUCGUCGACGACAUCCAGGUUCUCAACAACUGGCGCAAGGACCGCUCAAUCCCACUGGCCGAUGUGGUAAACGGCUUUAAGAUCUUUGUCACUCACAGGCACGGUGCUCAAGGCAUCAUGGACGGCGCUAGCAAGGGUAUUCUGGACACCGAGUUCGGUACAUCGAACGAGGAUGAGUGCAUCCAGAAGAUCCUAGAGAAUGGUGAAUACCAGUCUUCUGUGACGAGGGAACGCCAGGAUGAUACCAAUGUUGCUAACGGCCCCGUUGGCAUUGGCCGGUAG